AUGACAGCUGGUGCCAGUAGCAGUCUCGCGGGCGGCAAGCUCCGGCUUUUCGGUGGCCAAGGGACUUCUGGUGGCAACGUCGAGCUUACCUCGGGGAGCGCAACAUCGGGGCUUGGGGGACGACUCCUAUUUUCUGCGGGUGCGGCGGCAGCAGGUGCGACAGGUGGUGGUAUAGCCUUGUCAACCGCGUCUGGUGCGUAUACGAGCGGUGCCAUCGCCUUGUCGUCUGGAUUGUCCACUUCCGGUACUGGUGGCGACAUUUCCUUGUCAGUCGGUGGCAGCUCGACGGGAUCUGGCGCGAAGGUCUCUGUGACUGCUGGUACCAGCAACGACUCGCCGGGUGGUACAGCCGAUCUCUAUGGCGGCGUCGGCACGGUCGGUGGGAGCGUCUCGAUGUCUGGUGGUCUCGGUAACACCCUCGACGGGGGUAGUAUUAUGAUCAACGGUGGUCAAGGUGUGAGCGGCAACGGUGGGUCAAUUUUCCUCACGAGCGGACAAGGUGCAGCAUCCAAAGUCAGUGGUGGCAUUACUCUUGCAACUUUUGCCGACACGACAUCUAGCGGCGGCAUAACGUUCUCCACGGGCUCUUCCUCGGCAUCCAGUGGGGGCAACAUUGUAGUUGAAGCGGGAACAAGCGCAAUCGGUGAUGGUGCGACGCUUCAACUAGCCGCCGGGCCGAGUACGCUUGGCACAGGAGGCGUAACCAGCAUAAAUGGUGGCGCGGGCGUCACUGGUGGUGCUGUGAGCCUUACGGGUGGCAUCGGAAGCGCGGGUCCAGGUGGUUUUGUCACUCUCGCGGGUGGUGCUGGCAGCUCAAAUGGCGCUGGUGGGAACAUCUUGCUCUCCAGUGGCGUCGGAACAGCCACAGAGCUCAGCGGAGCAGUCAUGCUCUCGACAGCCAACAACCAAGCGACGACAGGCUCUAUCAGUAUCAUUUCAGGUGAAGCGUCGUCAGGUGCCGGUGGGGCCGUGCUUGUGAGCGUGGGUACUACCUCUCUGGCGUCAACGGCAGGCAGCGAUGUCUCCUUUGUGUCUGGUGCCAGUGCGACAUCUAUUGGUGGCAAAGUAUCGGCAACAGGAGGCUCUGGUACUGCUGGUGGCAACGUUCAACUUGUCGGUGGUGUAGCAUCAACGACGACCGGAGGCACAAUCUUGCUUACGGGUGGGGCAUCAACAAGUGGUGCGGGCGGUGACAUUAUUUUGAAAUCUGGUGUCGCAACGGCGCCGGCAGCGAGCGGAAAUAUUCUUUUGUCAACAGUCCAAGGCGCCUACUCCACCGGCUCCAUCACAAUAAGUUCUGGUUCGUCGACUUCUGGUCUCGCUGGUCAAGUUGCCAUCCAGGGGGGCGCGAGUUCGUCUGGUUUUGGUAGCGCAUUGGUGUUUGCUGCAGGUAUUGCCUCCUCUGGAACCGGGGGCGUGGCUUCUUUUAGCGGCGGUGCUGGCGAAGCUGGUGGCAACGUCGUGCUCACAAGUGGCACAGGAACCUCUGGCGCUAGCGGUCAAGUUAUCAUUUCCUCGAGCGCCGGAACAACGGCAUCGGGCGCUGUCUUACUGUCCACGUCUGGUGGGGCCAUCUCGUCAGGAGCUAUUACCAUUGCCUCGGGAUCUUCAACGUCUGGCACCAGUGGUGUCGUAUCAAUUACAGCCGGUGCUGGGACAACGUCGACUGGCUCGGCUAUAACGCUGCUUGCCGGACAAAGUUCGACCAUGGCUGGCGGUAAAGUGAGCGUAUCAGGCAACACGGGAACGUCCGGUGGUAAUGUCGAGCUCAAGGGGGGCUCUGCAAGCAGCAGCACCGCGACAGGCGGAGGCAUCUUGCUGACGACUGGAGCUGGAGGCGCUUUCAGUGGCUCUAUCACCCUAUCGUCGUUUGGCGGCGCAUUCUCCAGCGGCUCGCUAAAUCUUGGCACGGGUACGACUACUGCUGGUAGCAGUGGUGCUGUCGUUAUCACGGCCGGAGGCAGCGCAUCCGGCAUUGGCGGUCCCAUCACGCUUACUAGCGGAGUCGCGUCUCAGUCGACGGGUGGCAAGUCGAGCAUUAUCGGCGGUCAAGGCACAAUUGGCGGCGACGUUGCCAUGACGGGUGGUGCCGGUACAUCUACGGUCGGAGGCAAUGUUAUUGCAGCAUCCGGUUCGGGGGCGUCGGCUUCGGGUGCCAUCACGUUCUCCACCCCUGGCGGUGCAUUCGUCAGUGGCAAUGUGGGUAUCUCUACUGGCUCAUCGACUUCGACCUCAGCUGGCACAAUCAGUAUCUCGGCUGGGACUAGUGCAGCUGGAGCUGGCAGUGCUAUCACGCUCACGCCCGGACACAGCACUACAUCAACUGGCGGUAAGACGUUGAUUCUUGGGGCGACAGGCAGUACAAGCGGCGGCAACGUUGAAGCCACAGCUGGCCAAGGUGCAGCAACAGGGGGCAAUGUUCUACUCACAAGUGGAGCGAGCACGGCUGAAACAGGUGGCAACAUCAAUCUUGUCACUGGUGUGGGCGCCAGCACGUUCCCGAGCGGAUCUAUAGUACUCUCGACUACGAACCAAGCUGGCACUAGUGGCUCUGUUACAGUCUCGACUGGCACAUCGUCUGCUGGAAACAGCGGAACAAUCGCCAUCACAUCCGGCGGCAGCAGCACUGGGACUGGCACAGCGAUCACGGCAUCGGCAGGCGCAACAGCGGGGACCACGGGUGGAAAAAUUUCUCUUUUCGGCGGUGCCGGCCCCGUUGGUGGAAACGUCGAGGUUGCGGCAGGUACCGCAAGUACAGGACUUGGGGGAACCGUUUUGCUCGCUUCCGGCGCUGGGGGUUCUACAUCUACUAGUGGCACAAUCACACUGUCGACGGCAUCAACGGGCUCAAGCUCAAGUGGAUCUAUUCUUCUCCAAUCUGGUGCCGGGGCCAAUGGCGUCGGCGGCAGUCUUUCGAUGGCGGUUGGUGCCUCUGCGACCGGUGCUGGGAGCCCCAUUCUGCUUACAUCGGGUCAAAGCUCGGCAUCCAUCGGUGGCAAGAUCAUAAUGACAGCUGGUGCAGGCGUGACGGGGGCAAACAUUGAGCUCUCUGCCGGUUCCGGCUCAUCAAGCGCCGGUGGUCAGCUUAUUUUGACGUCGGGCACGGGUGGGAGCUCUGCUGCCAGCGGCUCUGUGUCUCUAUCUUCCGCUGGGGGCACCAGUACGAGUGGCAGCUUAACUUUGGCAACAGGUGCAGCGACAGCUGGAGCCGGUGGCGUCAUAGCUUUAUCGGCUGGCUCGGGCACUGUGGCUCUUGGUGGAGCUAUCAAUCUCAGCGCAGGUAGCGUGACUGGUGCCACGGGGGGUGCAAUCUCGCUCCAAGCUGGUCAAGGGACGUUUGGUGGAAACAUCAAUCUUGCUGCAGGCGCGGCAACAGCCAACACGGGAGGUAGAAUCGUCAUUACAUCCGGUCUUGGAUUUGGCUCGAGCACGGCCAGUGGAUCACUCACGCUCUCCACACAUGGAAGCUCUAGUGCAAGUGGUGCAAUGACUCUUUCAACCGGUGCGUCAACGUCAAACUCGGGCGGGGCUAUUUCGAUUCUUGUCGGCACAGCUGCUCAAAACACUGGCGGGGUUGUGACACUUACAGCGGGCACUGCAACGAACGGUUUCGGGGGUCAUUUGACGGCAACAAGCGGCGCCGGUCUCACGGGUGGUGAUAUCAGUCUCAUCGGUGGAGGUGCCACUGCCAACAGUGGGGGCAAUGUUCUUUUGACAACGGGCUCGGGCACAGCUGGAAGUGGGUCGAUCACGCUCUCUACUACUAGUGGUACUGCGUCCAGUGGCUCUAUCGCGCUCAGUGUCGGAGAAGCUUCGACGUCGUCGGGUUCGUUCUCGGUGGCCGUUGGCAGUGGUGCCAGCUCAAUUGGUGGUAGCAUCGCUCUUUCAGCCGGUGCCACAACUGCAACGUCUGGUAUCGGUGGUGUAGUUGCCAUUUCUGGUGGCAGCGGCUCUGUGGGAGGCGCUGUUUCUCUACAAUCUGGAGCUGGAGCUACAGCUCAAGCGGGUUCGCUCAGCCUCGCGGCAGGCGCUAGUACGUCGUCUACUGGCGGCAGCAUUCAACUAUAUUCCGGAGCCGGAGGCGCGGCUUCGAUCAGUGGAAGCAUCGUGAUGUCCACGCAAGGGACGACGAGCUCCUCUGGAACGAUUGCGCUUACCACGGGCAAUGCUGGAGGCACUGGUAUCGGUGGUGCCAUCAGCAUUUCCGUUGGCUCGAGUACGACUGGUAUUGGACGAUCUGUGACAACCACGGCAGGUCAAAGCUCAACGGGGACCGGAGGUAAAAGCUCAAUUUUUGGCGGCUCAGGCACAACCGGCGGCAACGUGGAGCUCACCACCGGUCUUGGCUCAUCCGCAGGUGGUAACCUCUUACUGGCAACGGCUAGCGGUGGGUCUAGCGGUACGAGUGGCAGCGUGAGCAUUCUAUCGUCCAGUGGAUCCACUACAAGCGGGUCUCUGUCGCUCGCGUCGGGUUCUGCCUCGGGCGCCAGCGGCUCGAUUUCCAUCUCUGUUGGGUCGACUACGUCGAGUGCUGGUGGUUCCGUCUCACUCUCUACGGGGCAGAGUACGGCAGGUGCAGCUGGUGCCAUGACGCUAAUCACUGGUAGCGGAACUCAAGGUGGCGAUAUCACUGCUACUGCCGGUGCUGGAGGGACUCUUUUCGGUGGAAGUCUCGCAUUUGCGGCGGGUGCUAGCUCUUCUUCGACUGGGGGUCGUGUGUCACUUGCAAGCGGCGCUGGAUCUCUCGGCAGUGGAUCGAUCACACUAUCUUCGGCUGGUAGCACGGGAAUGGUAGGGACUGUCACAAUUUCAACUGGUGCAUCAAGUACCGCUUCCUCUGGUGUCAUCAGCAUUGCUGCUGGGCAGAGUCAAACUGGCAACGGAGCUGCCGUGACCAUAAAUGCUGGUCGAAGCGUCGCAACUAGCACCAUUGGUGGCCCAGCAUCCAUUACGGGUGGUGCAGGUACUGUCGGUGGCAACGUUCAGCUUACUGGUGGCGUCGGCAGCUCAUCUACCGGUGCCGGUGGUGGCAACAUCGUUCUUGCCGGUGGUGUCGGCUCAUCUAGCACUGGCGGCUCCAUCACGCUUACCAGUGGCGCAGGAGCGGCAGCCAUGGCCAGCGGUCAACUCAGCCUCUCCACAUUGGCAGGCUCUGCUACAAGCGGCAGCAUUACGCUCACCACAGGCGACUCGUCGGCGGGAUCAGGCGGUACCAUCGCGCUUCUUGCCGGAUCAUCGACAAAUGCUGUCGGAAGCAGUGUCAGCAUCACGGCUGGUGCAAGCUCUGCCAACGUAGGCGGCACAAGUCAAGUCACUGGUGGAGCAGGGGCCACGGGUGGCAACGUGCUGCUCACAGGUGGCGUCGGAACCGCCAACAUCGGUGGUAACGUUGUACUCACGAGUGGGGCCGGUGCCACCGGCUAUGCCAGUGGUGGUAUUACUCUCUCGACCACUGGUACGGGCCUCAACAGUGGCGCAAUUGCACUCGCAACAGGUGCCUCAACAUCGGGCGCCGGUGGCUCAAUCUCGCUCUCGGUCGGCGACACUACGACGGGUACCGGAAGCUCCAUAUCUCUGACUUCAGGCAAGAGCGUCGACGCGCCUGGUGGCAAGACCUCGAUAUUUGGAGGCAUCGGUACGAUUGGUGGCAACAUCGAGCUCACAGCGGGUACUGGCAGUACGACAGCGGCCGUUGCGGGUGGUGGCAAUGUGGUCUUGACCGGUGGCGUGGGCUCGUCGAGCACGGGCGGCAGUAUUCAAUUGACCAGUGGUGCUGGCUCGGCAUCGAAAUCUAGCGGUCAAGUUGUUCUUUCCACACUUGGCGGCUCCUCAACAAGCGGAAACAUCGUAUUGUCGACGGGAAGUGCCACGGCGGGGUCCAGUGGCACGAUUCAAUUAGCCGCAGGAGCAAGCUCAACCGCAACUGGCAGCACCGUAACCAUCACAGCGGGUACCAGCACUGCCGGAUCGGGUACCGGCGGAAAGAGCAGUAUUCUUGGCGGUCAAGGAAGCACAGGCGGCAACGUCGAGAUGACUGGCGGCGUUGGCUCUGCGGGUGUCGGUGGUAACGUCAUUCUUACGAGUGGCGCUGGAUCGACUACAAGCGGUGCCGUGACGAUUUCGACAACGGGCGGGGCCAUCAAUAGUGGCGCUAUCACCUUGUCGACGGGUGUUUCUUCCGCCGGUACUGGAGGUAGUAUUGCUCUCGUGGUCGGCGACAGCACUUCCGGCGUUGGAAGUGCGAUAUCUUUGACAUCCGGGGUUUCAACUGCAGCGAGUGGCGGGAAAACGUCUAUCUUUGGUGGUGCCGGUCUCGUCGGUGGUAACGUGGAGUUGACGGGUGGUGUCGGCAGCUCGUCUUCGGGUCUCGGCGGCGGUAACGUCGUUCUAACUGGUGGCGUCGGGUCGACAAGCACCGGCGGCAGUGUCAGUCUCGUCAGUGGAGCUGGGAAGACCAGUGGCCAAAUUGCUUUGUCAACGGUCUCCGGUACGCAAGCAAGUGGUGGUAUCGUGCUCCAAACGGGUGACGGCUUGCUGGGCUCGAGCGGUGCAAUCUCCUUGUCGGUUGGUGCCAGCUCAGCCGGAGUCGGAAGCGCUGUUACCAUCACAAGUGGAGCCAGUGCUCAGUCGACGGGUGGUGCCACAACCGUUACCAGCGGUCAAGGGCUAGCUGGUGGUGACAUCGCCCUCACAGGCGGUGUUGGUACGACCGGAAAUGGUGGUAAUCUCGUCUUUGCAAGCGGCGCCGGAGCUGCAACAAGCGGUGCCAUCACUCUUUCCACCGUUGGUGGCUCGACAAGCAGUGGUCCUAUCGCUCUAGUAACGACGACGUCGACGACUGGAUCUGGUGGCGCGAUUUCGCUCUCGGUCGGAGGUAGUUCUACGGGAGUUGGGAGCGCUGUCACCAUCACGUCUGGAGCCAGCGGUGACGCUCAAGGAGGCUCGACUGCGUUGCUUGGUGGUCAAGGCACAUUGGGCGGUCAUGUUCAGCUGCAAGCGGGCCAAGGAACGUCGACAAUUGGCGGCAACAUUGUUCUUACCUCUGGCGCGGGAUCAACAACCGCAGGCUCUAUCAUUGCGCAAUUGGGCGCCGCCACAACGGCCGGUACCUUCUCGGUGAAAUCAUCCUCGGGGGCGUCUCUUCUGACUCUGAGUCCGUUGGUCUUUACGGGCACAAGUGCAUCGGUGACCUUGUCGUCGACCGCAUCAACGAUGGCCCUACAGUCGGCCGCCGGUAUUGUCCUGACGGGCACGAGUACAAAGGUCACCGGAGGCACGCUCACGGUCGACUCGCAGAGCUUUCAAAUUCUCAAUUCUGGCACGGCAACUUUCGUCGUAACCAGUGCCGGUGGCAUCACGACUGGGGGCAAUCUCGCGUUCACAGCAGACGCGACUAUUUCAAGUGUGUCGUCGCUUUCGGUGUCAUCCACAGCCUUCACGGUCAGUGUUACUGACUCUCUCACACUUGGCUCGUCGUCUCAAACAGCACCGAUUGCUUUAAACGGUCCCAUCACAGCUGCCAGCUCGGUCAAUAUCGGCACGAGCGCCACCGUUGGUACCACGCUCACUGUGGCGUCGACUGCAACACUCGGUGGGCUCGUAAAGAUUCCUGGUGCCUACUCAUCCGCAUCUAUCUCGUCGUCGACGUCGUGCACACAAGGCGACUUGAUCUUCACAGCCGACACACUCUACAUUUGCUACGGCACAACAUACAGCCGAAUCCCGUACACUGCGUGGACGUAAGCUGCCCAUGUAUAAUCUUCAUAUCAAACACUUCAUUUUUUCCA